GAGCCCGAGAUGGCGGACAGCGCCGCGGCCACCGCCGCUCCCCGCGCCGCCGUGAAGGGCGGCUCGGCGGCGCCCUGGUGGAAAUCGCUGACCAGCAAGAAGAAGCACAAGGAAGCGGCGGCAGCCCCGCCGCCCCCCGCCGCCAGCGAGACCUCCGCCGACCCCCCCAGCCCCGACGGCCGGGAGGAGCAGCCUACCCCUUUCGGCAGCGGCGACGCCGCGGGGACGGGCGGCGGGAGCCGGCGGAGCCUCCGGGUGUCCCACUCGGGCCGCUUCAAGGAGCGGCGGAAGGUGCGCACCUCGCUGCUCGGCGACGGCCCCGAGGUCUUCGACGGCGGCGGUGCCCCAGGCCAUGCCGCCCAAGGGGACGAGUAGCCCAGCAGGACCUUGCCGAGGAGCUGCCACUGGACGGGUGGCCGGAGGACUGGCAGGACAGGUAGCCGGAGCCAGUGACUGCCCCACAGCUGGGCAUGGUCCCAUGAGCGACAUGGGGGCGUGUGGCCGCGGCCUCCCCAACCCCGACGACACGCUGCGGGGAACCCGGCAUCUCCGCCAGAUGAGGGAAUCGUGUGCUGUCUUACAUGAACACCGCCAAGACCAAACCCCUAGAUGAUGGGACGAUGUGAUUGUCUUAAAAAAAAAAAAUAACACAAAUAAAUACCCCACUCCCUCUACUGUGGUGAGCGGACUCAAGGUGCUAUCCCAGGGCCGACACUGGGGGUCUCUGAACCUUCCCCCAGCCCUUGUCAGGAGCCAACAAGGCCUGACUUCUCAGGCCUAUGACCCAGCUCCUUUUGGCUCUCAAGCCGAGGACGUGCUUUGCUGCUUUCAUCUCACACACUGUCUUAUCGAAGGAAGGGGGGAACAAAGUGCUCUUAUCUAGUUUCAGGGCCAAGGACCUCCGGCGGUGCUCCUGCCCUGUGCUAGCUGGCACGCCGUGAACCCAUCCUCCUUCCCCUGUGGGGGUCAAAAGAGAGGUAUUGCGAAGGGCCAGCUCCUGAAUUCACCCAUGCCCCACAUCACAUUUAAAUAUGCAAAAGGCAGGACCAUGCUGGUUUUCUCCCUUUUCUUACUGUGUAAUGAUAAGCAGGUUUUUCACAGGCUGGUCUCUCAUAGUUCUGUUACAGAGGGAGGCCUGUGUUGUGUAGGAAUUUGCACUGUUUACCCAGGGGAUACAUGAUUUUUGCAUAAUUGGUGAUAACUGGCAUAAUGAAGUUCCAAUGAAGAAAUUGUGUAAUAAAAUGUAAACACCCUUUGGGGAGUGAGACCAACCCUGGAGAGCACAAGCAGGGUUGCACUCCUGAUGUGGAAUAGUCUUGGGCACCACUGAAAAUGUUCUUUGCUAUUUACCAUCUCCAAGGCUUGUGAAGCAAGGUUAAGUGUCCCAGGAUUUCUUCUGAUAGCAAGAUAAUGUGCUUUAACUCAAGCAGCUCCCUCUAACAGCUCCUAUAUUUUUUGUCAAAGUAAAUAUAAGCCAGAUUUGUACUGGUGGUGUGCCUUACAGAGCAAAUGCAGCUAAAAGUUCUUAGCAAUUUCCCAUUUCUUGAUAGUAGGUGAUGUAGCAACAGGUGAUUUAUUUAUUUUAAAUGCAUUCACAAUAUACUUUAUAUUGUUAAAAUGGUUUUAGACAUUUUCUGAAUGUGAUAUAUUACACAGUGGUAGGGACUGAAAAUUAUUUCCUAGCAGUCAGGUAUUACACAGUUAUGAUUUUGUUUGGUUGUAACUAAUCAUAUAAGGUCAAUUAAAAAUAAAAACAGACUGGAAAGGAAACAAGAGCUGAGAUCCAAGUGAAUAUAUGGAUUAAACCAGUCACUGACAAUCACUGAAAUGGUACACUAGAUGCUGGGCAAGUGCCCCGUGGUUCAAUGUGUGUAAUAAUACUUCAGAAGCUCCUGUGCAAUAAACUCAGACAACAUAGCUGCUGAGGUGAUCACUGGUGCUUCACUCAGCUACCCGUUCAAACUCUGGAACUCAAGGAUGAAGGGACUGUAGCAUUAAAUCUAUUUCCAUAAAAGCUUUUUUUCCCACCCAAUGUUUAGCUAUAUGCUUUUUUUUAUUUCAUUUAGUAAAACUACAAGGUACUGGGUUUGGACUGCCUUUUUAUGUUGCUGACUACAUGCUGACCAAGCAAAGAGCCGGGGGAGCUCUGAAAAGUUUCUCCUCAAAGAUGCUUUUCUUAAGUGAGGCCUCUUCAGUCAAGGGGCAUCUGAAAUCCUUCUCUAGAGAAGAAGCAAUUGGAGCAAACCUAGCCUUGGAAAAAGGGUGUGAGAGGGAAGGAGGAAAGUUUAAAAGCUGGGAAUGGAGAGAGAGAUGAACUGUAUUUCAGCUCCAGUUAGCCUGGAGUGGGGGGAAAGGAGGCAGAAAGGGGUGGCUUUUCUGCCAGAGUUGUCAUACUACCUUUAGAAGGCAACAUGUUCAUGUUUAUUACAGGCUAAAAUAGUUGGUCUGUAUUUAUGUAUUCUAGGGUCCAGAGAAACUUUUUUGUAUUUGUAUGUCCAAAAUGGAAGAAAGAGUAAGCAGAUACUGCAGUGAUGCAUUUCUUAACUCCUGCGUCUGGUUUAGUCUGAGUUCUGUGAGGGUCAGAUCCUCAGAACUAUCCAGAGGCUGGAGAAUGAAUGCAGACUAGUGUUUUAUACAUCUCAUGUGGAUGCUUUUCUGCAUUUUGAAUCCUUACACUGUUGUGAAAAUACAGUUUCCUCCUCUCUUCUUUACCUCGAAGCUGACUUGUUCUGCAGUGAACCUCUGUUUGCUCUUUGGAAACAUCUCAGGUUUAUUAGUUGCAACUCUUUACCUAGACACAAGAAAUCUCCAAUUUGGGUUUUAUUUGAGAAGUCUGGUAUGCUGUUCAGAUGGCUGCUGCUAAGAUUCAAUAUCAGUGCUGGUUAAUAUGUGACUAAAUAUUAGCUAUGUCUUAAUCCAUGUAUAUGGUACUUUCAGCUUCGAAAUUUAGUUAGAAUACAAAGUCAAUAAAUGCACAUAAAAUGCCUCACAGCCCUCGUCCGUCUUUAUCCUGACCUUGAGCUGUGGGAAGGAGACGUAAUUCUAUCUUCCUGCUCAGUCAAAUCCUUGCUUCAAUGAAUUUGAUAGCAGCCACUGAAAAACUAGAUCCAUGAGAAAACAGGGUGACUGCCUCGUCUCACUUUCCCCACCCCCUGCGCACAGGCCACACAGCAAUAUCUUCAGGUUAGUGCUGACCUGUGUACCAUGGUGAGGAGGGAGAAGUCCUGUGGCCCUAACCAACCUGUAGCACAGAAAUGGUCCUCUUAUUUCUCUGCCUCAGCAUCAGAUAAAGCUUAAGUAAUCUAUACACAUGUAAAUGAAUUAAGCUGAUGCAGAAAAAAACCAGCAUUUUAUGGAGCACCUGAAUAUUUUUUUUAAUCCUUGAAGUGGAGAAAGUUCAGCCUUUCUUAUGUAUUGGAGAAUGCUUGCUCUAUUACAAGGAUAGUGUGUUUCUGUGCAAGGAUAGUGGAUUCUGUGCAUUCUUAGUAUAGGUAUUUUUCUCAUCUGCUUUCUGAUCAUGCAUCAGAAAUUAAGUUUAGGAAAUAGGGUGACUGAGAAAGUACUUGCUGUUUAUUUUUAAAAUCAAACAGUGACAUAUUGACAAAAUAAAUGGAAAUAAACAGAUGAGGAGAACAGCUGAGUCAGUUGUAGUGAAAUUUUCUUAAUAUUAUCCCAGAUACUAAGGAUGCAGAUUUGAUGCAAAAAAGAAAUAUU